UAAAAAUUUUUGACGUUUCGUUGAAAGAGAUCCACAACAGAGUCAUUUUGGUGCUUUGUUUCUUUUUGAUAUUUGUUGGAGAAGGAGUUAACUGCUCGUGGCGCGUGUCGGAAUUUGCAGUUUGUACAGAAUCCUUCGGCUGGUCUCGCUCAGCUCGCUGUCCACGGCCAUCGUUCUUGUUCCUACCAUCAAGGCCAUUAGUAUCGUGCAUCAUGGCUGAUAAGAUUCGCGUUUGCAUCGUCGGAUCCGGAAACUGGGGUUCGGCCAUCGCCAAGAUUGUCGGCGUCAAUGCCAAGCGGCUGCCCGUGUUCGAGGAUCGUGUCACGAUGUACGUUUUCGAGGAGAUGGUCGACGGCAAGAAGCUAACGGAAGUGAUCAACAAUACCCACGAGAACGUGAAGUACCUGCCUGGACAUAAGCUGCCCGAAAAUAUCGUGGCCGUGCCCGAUGUCGUUGAGGCGGCGAAGGACGCGGACAUUCUCAUUUUCGUCGUGCCGCACCAGUUCAUCCGUGGCCUCGGUGCGCAGCUGCUGGGCAAAAUCAAGACGACCGCCGUCGGUCUGUCGCUGAUCAAGGGUUUCGAUGUGGCCGAGGGUGGCGGCAUGGAGCUGAUCUCGCAUCUGAUCACGAAACACCUGAAGAUCCCGUGCUCGGUGCUGAUGGGCGCCAAUCUGGCCGGCGAGGUGGCCGAGGAGAAGUUUUGCGAAACGACGAUCGGUUGCCGGGACAUGAAGAUCGCCCUGACGCUGCGCGACCUCUUCCAGACGCCCAACUUCCGCGUGGUCGUGGUGGACGACGUGGACGCGGUCGAGAUUUGCGGUGCGCUGAAAAACAUUGUCGCCUGCGGGGCCGGUUUCGUGGAUGGUAUGGGCUCGGGCGACAACACGAAGGCGGCCGUCAUUCGGUUAGGGCUGAUGGAGAUGAUCAAGUUUGUCGAUGUGUUCUACCCAGGCAGCAAGCUGUCGACGUUCUUUGAAAGCUGUGGCGUUGCCGAUCUUAUCACCACCUGUUACGGUGGUAGAAACCGUAAAGUUUCGGAAGCGUUCGUUAAGACGGGCAAAACCAUCAAGCAGCUGGAGGACGAGAUGCUGAACGGGCAGAAGCUCCAGGGUCCGAUCACGGCCGAAGAAGUGAACUUUAUGCUGAAGAACAAAGGCAUGGAAGAUAAAUUCCCCCUGUUCACGGCAAUUCAUAGAAUCUGCACCGGUCAGGUGAAGCCGCAAGGAUUCCUCGACUGUUUGCGCAGCCACCCGGAACACAUGCAAACGUUCUCUUAAGAUGAUCCUCGACUGACGACUGCUUCGGGGAUGAUGGAGGGUUUUGGACACACACCUCUGUGCCCUAGUGUGCCCGGUGUUUUGCCACGCCAAUGUGCGAUCUUUACAGGAAAUUUAGCGAAACUUUCCACCGGAAUGUAAGGAUGCGCAUGCGAAACGCGAAACCAUCACCAUAGAUUCGAAUUUUGAGCCAACCAAUUUUAGAACAUACUUAUUUGAUAACUGUUAUUCUAGGAAUCGCAAAAAAACGUGUACAUAGAAAUCUAAAUAAAUUCGAAAUAGUUACGAUCAGGAGGA